AUGGGAAGUUUCUCUUCACGCUACGUUCUAAAACUUCUCUUUCUCCUACUUUUUAUUAACCCCUCACUGGCUUAUUCACUAAAAAACUGCACUCUAGAUUAUCAGGAAUCUCCAGAUGUUGAUGUUUCUUUGGAUUGUGCCUCCAGAAAUCUCAUUACUAUUCCUGAUGACAUCCCCAGAGAUGCUGUUUCAAUCCAACUUUAUAGAAAUCAAAUUCAAAAAGUUAACAUGGACCACUUCAGGGGCAUGUCAAAGCUGAGACAUCUGGAUCUUGGUUACAAUCAAAUUGCUUUUGAGAACAAUGCACCUUUCACUGAUUUGAUUUUACUGGAAACACUUAUAAUGGGCAAUAAUAAUCUCACAUCUGUGACUGGCAACAUGUUUCAAGGUCUGUCCAACCUCAUCAUGCUUGACCUCAGUGACAACAAGAUUCAGUCCAUUGAUGCCUCAGCUGUCCAGUUCCUAAUUAGCCUACAGAGUCUAGAUUUAGGAAACAACAUGCUCCAAAAAGUCAGUGACAUUCAACCCAUCUUACAGCUACCAAAAAUACAGAGGCUUUGUCUUCGAUUCAAUCUAUUUUCUUCCUUUGAGACCAAAGACAUGUUGGGUAGUAUUUCAAGUCUUAAAGUAUUGAAUGUUUCUGGUCAUAACCUGGAAAGAUUCAGCAUCACGACACCAGUCUUUCCUUACCUCCAAAUUUUAGAUUUUUCCAAAAUCAAAGAUCGAAAUACCCUGAAAUGGGACAUUCCUGACAAAACUUUACUGAGGAACAUAACACAACUGAAUGUUAAUCAACUUGUGUUUUCAUUUGAAGAGAUCCAAAAAGUCCUGCAGAGUCUCAGCUCACUGAAACACCUUAGAUUAAAUUAUGUAGAUGUGUGGAUUAAGGGGGGAUUGUUAUCUACAGUCUGCAAAAUACCAACUCUGAGGAAACUGGAUUUGUUUUAUAACCAUUUAAGCAAUUUGACUUGGAAUUUGAUGCCCUGUUCUCAGCUGACAGAGCUGAAUUUAAAAAAAACUCAUAUAAAUGAGCUGCCACAGGGUUCACUACAACGGAUGAAAAAGCUGAAUGCCCUGCAUGUGAACAUGAACUUACUGACCAAAGUUCCACCUGACAUCAGGAGUCUCACCUUCCUACAGAUCUUGAAUAUGGAUAACAAUCUAAUCACCGAGUUGAACUGUGAGGAUUUUGUGAACACAACACAUCUUGCAGAGCUUUACCUGAACACCAACCAUAUUACUAGACUGGAUAAAUGUGUAGUUGAACAUCUAACUGAUCUAAAGCUUUUAGGUUUGAGCAACAAUCUGCUGCUGACGUUUGGAGACACCUUCAAAGUUUCCCUUCAGAAGUUAGAGAUCUUAGAUCUAAGCCAGAAUGUCAUAACAAUUCUGGAAAACGGCAAUUUCCAAAGCUUGCAGUCCCUAAAACAAUUAAAUGUUGCAUCAAAGUCUAUUCAAAGGGUGAAGAGAGCAACAUUUCAAGGACUAAUCAACUUAGAAGAUCUUACUCUCUCCUUUCCACUGGAUUAUGAACCUACAUACAGGGGAUUACAGAACUUAGAAAAUCUUACAAUCCUACUAAGCUUUGUGGAUACAUUCAAAGUUCCUCGCUCAAACAGUUAUGAAGCCUACGUUCACUUAAAAUCUUUGAAAAGUCUCGCAGUGAUUUGCACUGGCUAUCACUAUGGUCUCCCACUUGAUGUACCAAUGCAAAUGUUUUAUGCAAUGAAACAUUUGGAAAACUUUAAAGCUGUGAACAUCUACAUUAAUGCUCCAAAAGUGGACACGUUUCAGUUCAACCCACAGCUCAAGAAUCUGACAAUAACAAGCAGUGAUUUGUCCGAUUUGGAUCCUGAGCUGUUUCUGCCCAUUCCAAACCUGGAGAUUCUUGAUUUUUCGGAGUCUGAACUCACGUCUUUGGAUUUUCUAGAGCAAGCCGAUCUUCCUGCUCUCAGAUACCUGAAAGUGACAGACAACAAUAUAGUUGAGAUAAACGAGACCAUCUUUAAUUCCCUCCCCUCUCUAACAUACUUGGACCUGGACAAUAACCCGUUCACCUGUGAAUGCGCCAACGUAGGUUUCAUCCAGUGGAUCAAAGAAAACAAGCAAAUACAGGUGGUUAAUGCUCAUCAGUAUAAAUGUUCAUUUCCUGUGGACAAACAAGGAACCUUGUUACUAGACUUUGAUGUCCAGUCCUGUUGGAACGAUGGCAGCUUCUCUUACUUCAUCUCCAGCACUUGUCUGGUUGUUCUGACUCUCCUCACCUCCUUCAUCUACCACUUCCUGAGGUGGUACCUAGCCUACACCUUCCACCUCUUCCUGGCCUUUAUUUACGACAACAAGAUGAGGAAGAAGGUAGAUCCUCAUCAGUUUGAUGCCUUUGUGUCCUACAACGUCCACGAUGAGGACUGGGUUUACAGAGAGAUGCUUCCAGUUCUGGAGGGAGAGCAGGGCUGGAGACUCUGUCUGCACCACAGAGACUUCCAACCAGGUAAACCCAUCAUGGAGAACAUCACUGAUGCUAUUUAUGGCAGCAGGAAGACCAUCUGUGUGAUCAGCCGCCACUACCUGCAGAGUGAAUGGUGCUCCAGAGAGAUCCAGAUGGCCAGCUUUCGCCUGUUUGAUGAACAGAAGGAUGUGUUGAUCCUGCUGUUUCUGGAGGAGAUCCCUCCUCAUCAUCUGUCUCCAUACUACCGCCUGAGGAAGCUGGUAAAGAAACGCACCUACCUGAGCUGGCCUCAGGCUGCACAACACCCAGGAGUCUUCUGGCAGAACGUCCAGAGAGCUCUGCAGACAGGAGACGUUCUGACUGAGGACACAGACCUGCUGACCGGACCUUGA